GACGAGAUGGUCAGACCUGUAAUUAUAUAAUAUAUUCACAGUGAUUUCGGACAUUAAACUAUGUCCUUACUACGGAUAUUUCUAUUUCUUGCAGGCACCCGUGUGAUAGUGCAGGGUGAAACAUGUGCCGACUUGGACCCCCAUGGGUGUGCAAAUAACAUGCAAUUAUGCACGGACCACACGGUAGCCCUAUACACGUGUCCGGAAUCGUGCGGGUUGUGUCCAACAUCAACCAGAACGACAGGUACCACACAGAUGAUAGACGGAGGAUGGUCAAACUGGUCGGAUUACAGCGCAUGCAGCCGAACAUGUGGCCAAGGGGCUACACGAGAAAGAUAUAGAGACUGCUCUAAUCCAUCUCCUGCAAAUGGAGGACAGCAAUGCUCGGGGUCACGGUACCAAAUCAACACGUGCCCUUAUUUUGACUGCGAAGAUGGCCAUUGGUCACUCUGGGGCACGUGGUCAGACUGUGCUGGACAUUGUGACAACUCAACAAAGCAUCGAUUUAGAAAUUGCGUCAUAUCUAUAAAUAACGGAACAUGUUUUGGAUCGAAUGUCGAUUGGGCAAACUGUGGUGAAAAUUGCCCAACGGCGUACUGGCUGGAUUGGAGCGCUUGGUCAGCAUGCUCCCACACGUGCGACUCGUCCGUACGUUUUCGUCAACGUCAAUGUUACCGCUCAGACAAUCACGUCAACUGCCCGGGAGACAACUUGGAGCACAACACGUGUUUUAUUAACAAGAAUUGUUCAGGAGGAGGUGAUCACAGCCAAGCUCCCACAGACCCAACAAACCCAACAAACCCGGCAAGCACAAUCACAACAGGUUCCGCGGACUGCAGACAAGACUGGGUUAAAUAUGGAACGAAAUGUUUCUUCUUUUCAACGAACAAAGGCACUUGGGGAUAUUCGAGGGAUUACUGCUUGGGGUUUAAGAACUCUUCGCUUGUUUCAAUUACAAAUCAACAGCAAAACGACUGGAUAAUUGGCAAAUUCCGAGAGCACACAGAUAUAGGUAUUUAA